CUGCUACACCAUCCACAAGUCACACAUCCUCCGCCAAGGCCGAAAGACUCUGCCGUUGUAGGCAGGAUCCCAGGAGCCUCACUUGGUGUGGAAGCCACGGAGGGCGCGCUAGCAGCUACGGGGAGUUCCAGCGCCUGGACCUGAAGUACGCCACCAAGGGAUUACCGCUACAGAAGUCUUCAGUACCCCGUACUCGGAUGUUGCCGGAUUAUACCGUGUAAUUGGAGAAACUGUUCCUCGUUUCAGCGGUAAUUAGCAUCAGUGUUUGUGUAUUAGCCUCAAAGAGAAUUUUAGCCACAACCUGAAGAGAGUGUUGAAGGAAAUUUUUUAAAGAGACUGUGCGCUAUGCAAUGGAUGUUUGUGUUAGUGUAUGGAAAAUCGUCACAGGUUCAGUUAAAAGAUUUGUGACGCGCUCUCAGGUGUUCUCGUUUGUGUUCUGGGACUUAGUACAAACAAAUAACCUUGCGGCCUUUUCUUUCGGAUAUAUAAAAUGACGACAAUUAGGAUUCCUCUGCAUCUAGUCCUCAGCAGUAUUAGUGAGAGCGAAGCCAGCGGAAGUAGCAGCCUAGUGUCUCCCAUACAACAACGUCGUCGAGCUGCACACGGGCUACCCGCUCAACACCCUCAUCGCCGCAGGAAGGUGAGCGCACCGCCAGAACUGCAGACACACUUAACUGGUUCUGCAUCCUUCCAACUCGCUCACACCCAUAACUACCCGGGCCACGGCGGUGCGAAUCCCGACCACGCAGACACCUCCGGCAACUCAGAGUUCAUUCUGAGCUUUCCUACACACAAACACUUGUCGGGAGGAUUCUAUAGCGGCUCGGACUCAGGAGUACCGUCCGAGUAUUCCUCGUGGGCGGCUCCAGUUUCUGGCGCCAUACAUCGUGAGGGUUCCACCCAAGACAACAGUUUAAACUUGCCCUCGAAUUCUGCCGAGAACCUCACUGCCCAACGCCAGGCGAACGAACGCCAGGACGUUACUUUCUACCAGUCUGACUCCGACUGUGAGAGUCUGGACGGUCUACAAUCGCCCCAGGAGCGGCGUAAGUCUGGCGGUGGCGGCGUGAUGAACAACCAAGGAUACGUUCAUAUAGAACCCACGCCAGUGGUGCUCCCCGUGGGUUCUCCUCCACCUUUCACUCGUAUGUCCACGGAACCUAACAUGGCUUCUCCUCCUUCAUCUGUUGUGGGCAUGCCCAUAGGUCAUGGUCACUCUCGCAGACACAGCAUGGUUCUUCAGCUCAACCUACAGGGUCCUCCCCCAGUGAAUUCAGUGCCCCACUCCUCAAGAGGGCGAUCUGUCUCCAUGAUUUCAUUAAAUGGUACUCAGGCAACGCCAAAUAUGUACCCCAAUUUGCACGAUACGCAGUCUAUCUAUGGUGAAGUCGGCUACGGUCCACAUAUAGGUUUCUCUGGUGGACAUCAUAUGGAGUCGCAAGGCUCUCUUUCUGCUGGAGGGAUGAAAGUUGUGGACAGUCAGCAAACUCUAGUUGCUAGCCACAAUGAUCAUAUUAAUUCCCAUCCCGAAAAUCAUGAUCCCCACAUGCCACAACCUACAGAAGAGGGGGAGAAGAAAUCUAGGUUCCAGCUUACUCUAAGUAAAAAUAUGAGCAUAAUGUAUGCCGUUUUCCUGGUCAUGCUGGGACUUGUUAUCUAUCUAGCCGAUACCUUCAGCGGACAUGACUCGGCCAUAGCAGAGGGUUUCAACGUUUACUUAAUUGUAGCCCAGUUACUUUGGUUAUUCUACGUUCAUAUAGAUGUCCGACGUUACGUCAAUCUCAUAUCAAGAGCGCUUGACGAAGCCAAGACGAAACAAGUGAACAAAGACGACCAAGUGCAGCUGGAGCCGACAGGUGAUGGGCAGUACCAGCUGAGAAUUAAUGUACCUGAGGCGCCCCGGACCAUACCUCAGUACUACGGGUUUACCUCUGGCAGACACGGCGGCUCCCUCUACCUCAAGAUUGGGGCUACAGUUUUCUGCUUGGGUUACUUGACUCAUACUGGUCUGAACCUUGGUCAGAAGAUUUUGUACCUAAGUGAAGACGACCCCAUCUUUGACAACUGCACAUGUACCACUGAUGUUAUCAUGUCUGUCCUACAACCUGUCUACGCGUUUUAUCAGCUUUUCUUCAUCUUCAAGUACUCCAAUCUGAUUAUCAACCGACGCCUAGUGCUAUCAAGAUUCGGUAUCAUGCAUUGCAUUGCCUCUUCCCUGUGCUUUUGGGUCUAUACCAUCCUUCAAGAGACACUGCAAGCAAUCUUCCAGAAAAAGAACGCAGCAAAAUACAGCUCAGAUAUUACCUACUCUGCAAAACUGGUAGCUGGUGACGAAGAAGAUUCUGAUGAAAUGGAUGAUGAAGAGAAUAAGUUCACCGGUACGAAGAUCGGAACAACCGUUUCCUCUUCCUGGUCAAUCAACUAUGGCUGCGAGAAGGACACUAACCUGUCUUCCAUGAUCAACACCACAACUCCGUAUCUCUACCCAUUCAGCAUCGAAUUCAGCAUCUUGAUGGUUGGGUUGUGGAUCCUCCUCUGGGAGAACAUUGGCAAGUUCGAGCGCCACACACACAUCCCUUCAGUUGAAGUAACUUAUGAAGAAGAUAACAGCAAAUCUCUGACGUCCAACCUUAUUAUUUAUGUUGACUGUCACGCCUCUAACCGUGGACUUUUCGCCGGUCUGCUCAUGACAGUGGCUACAGUCAUAUCAAUUAUUCUCUUCUUCAUCUUUUCGACGUCCGAAGACACAAAGCAGCUUGGAUCCUACGUUAACGGCAUCAGUGAAGUCGUUCUACUCUCUUGCAUGUUAAUUACGGCUAUCAUCGCAUACAAUUCGAUCCGAAUCCUGGACAUCAUCAGGGACAAAAUCAGUAACGUGGAUGACAUCCUACUGUAUGUGUCCCUGCCAUGCAUUUUUCUGUAUGCCUUUUUGAGCAUGGUUCCGGCCAUUAAUAACGGAGAGGCCCUCCUCGCUACCGUCUCCAUUCUACAAGUAUGUCAAGUGAUUUUACAGACUGCGCUCAUCUGCGACGGUUUAAGACGCUGCUCUAACGCCCAGUCCCUGCAGCACAAGAAGCCAGGACGUGAGUUCAUCACCUACUUGGUUGUGGCCAACGUUGCCAUGUGGCUGCUCCAGACUUUUGAGAUCAAAAGUGAAGAAGGCAAUUCGGCUCUGUACAAAUUCUAUGGCAAGGAGCUGUGGACUUUACUUUCACACUUGACGUUGCCGCUGACACUCUUCUACCGCUUCCAUUCAUCCGUGUGUCUUGCGGACAUGUGGAAGGCGGCGUAUGAAAUGGAGGAGUCCCACUAGACGGCUCCUUUGCUUCCCUAGAUUGCUCUAGGUUCCUACAUCCCACCAUCACCCCUCACAGUGGGACUACUGUACGGGGUGGAUGUUAUACCCUGCGGCACUCCCAGUGUCGUGGAACUCAUGUGUGCAUCUGUACAUACUCAUCCCCUUCUGCACCGACGCACUCUCGUUUCACCCAUGAAGACGCAAUUAAUAGUUUGAGAGAAGGCAGAGGUGAAACUUUGGCAGUCAGGAAGACGACUCAGAACGAUGUGGUUCACGCACCAUGAAGUAUAAUAUUUAGCGAAAAGCUGAGGCCCAGCUUUGAUGAUGACUCGAAACGGAGUGAUGAAGUGGGACAACUCUGGUUACCAAUAGAAUAAUCAAGUGACUACAACGGAGGAAAAACAAUGCUUCAAGUUGAUUCCAGGAGGUGUUGAGAGCGUGUUGUGGUGAAGUAAGGGGCCUCCCAGUCACCUGCUGUAUAUACCGGUCCGGGUGGUGGCAUACCAUCCAUAUUGCUCAUUUCCCUGUAUUUAUGAUGCCAUACACUGUAGAUACUGACAUCCUUGUGAUACGCUGGUCAAGUCGACUUUGUCCUGGCAAACUCCGGGUGAGUAGGCAUAGGUCAGGUCGACACACUAUUGUGAUAUGUAUAAACUGGAGAUAAGAGUAUUUAGUGCGGAGUACUUUUAUUUAGCUGACGAAAGCUAGAGAGGCCUGAAGGUCGGGCAUUACCUCUGUAUUUUGAUGUAAAUGUUGUACUUAGUAUGUAUAAUUAAGUUAUAAGCUCAAGUACAAGUGAUUCAUUGAUGAAUAUAUAUUGUGCUUAUGCCAAAUAAAAUAA